UAUUCGAUUAGAUAUUUGUACAUUUUCAUCUAUCCUAAUCAUGGUUUCAGUUACAGAAGAACAAAUUAGUGAAUUACAUGAGACUUUUAAUAUAUUUGACACCAAGGGAGAUGGAAAAAUAUUUUAUUCGCAGUUUGGAGAUGUUUUGAGGGCAAUGGGUCAAAACCCUACUGAAUUAGAUGUAAAAAAACAUGCUCCAUUAGAAAAUCAUGACGAAAGAUUAUCCUUCGACGUUUUCCUCCCCAUCUUGCUCAACUUCAUGAAGAACUCUCAACCACCAUCCAUCCAAGAUUUCAUAGAGGGCUUGAGAGUCUUCGACAAGGAUAACAACGGUUCCAUGAGCAGCGCUGAAUUGAGACAUCUUCUAACCACGAUUGGUGAGAGAUUAUCGGAAGAGGAAGUGGAGCAAUUGAUAUCCGGUCAAGAAGAUCCCAACGGAAACGUCGUUUACGAAGAUUUCAUAAAGAUGGUUAUGAAUGGCUGAUAAACGAAAAAACGCCCACAUUAUUUUUCCCCUCACGACUCGAACCCACAAAUUAGAUUUGCUUUCGAUAUUUAUUCAAAAAUUAUAAAAAUUUUUGUAAUUUAUAUUAUAUAUUUUUUUUAUAUAAAUAUUACAAUUUUCUUAUCCAAUCAUUAACAAAUUUUUCACAUAAAUUAUAAUAUAAAAUCAUUUGUCGAAAGAUAAAAAAAAAUCACCAACUUUUAUAACACACUAUUUA